AUGAUUUCGGCGACAUUACUUUCACUGGUUUUACCAGCGGCACUGGCAACUUCCAUCUGUCAACAGUCAGCAACAAACUUCACUCAACUUAGCAACCAAACGCAACCCUUGGAUCCAAACACACCUACCAAUGGAACCGGAUCUGUCAAUGGAACGUUCCCUGAAGAUGACACUCCGUGGGUUCCGAGUUGUAAGCUACCCAGAAGCUAUGCAUGGCUAAGUGUCGGUCACGGCUUUAUGAGCGACUGCGUUCCCAGCACUGGAACCAUCCAGGGUUUUAUGAUCUUUGUCGACUUCUCUGACGCCGAAGCCACCGAGGAUUCUCCUCAGGAGAAUUACGAUUUCCUGGUUCCCGAUGCAAACAAGUGGUUCCAGGAAUCUAGCUAUGGUCAGCUCGCACUCAACAUCACCGCCGACACUUCCAAGUUCUAUCGCAUGCCUCAUUCUGCCGAGUCCUAUAAUUGGGAUGCAGGUUUGAGUAACCAACAACAAUAUGCAUACGUCGAGGACGCAUUGGACGCAUACAUGAAUAAUGGCGAAAACCCACCUCCGGCCAAGACAGACAUCCUCUAUAUCGUCACUUCUCGCAACAAUCCAUGGUUUGGUCGCUCUUUGGCCUCGAGCUUUGGUGCUUUUACGCGAGACAACACAUUUGUGUCCAACAGGGCCAUCACCUUUGGUGUUGAUCCUUAUGUUUGGGGCUUUAAGGCGCUGAACCAUGAGGCAGGUCACUCGAUGUGUCUGCCCGAUCUAUACCCUCUCGAUUCAAACUUGGCCGUUGGCGAAUAUGUUGGUGGAUGGGAUGUUAUGGGUAACAUUGGAGGAAUGGCUUCUGACUUUUUCGCAUGGGAUAAAUGGAGGCUAGGUUGGCUACAGGAUGAGGAUGUCGACUGUAUUCUUGAACACGGCACUACCCGGCAUACUCUUACACCUGUGGCGACCCAAGGAGGUGGCACUAAGGCUAUAGUCGUGGCUACCAAUAAGACUUCUGCUCUUGUUGCUGAAGCGCGCGUGGCAAAAGGUCUUGAUGAGAAGAUCUGUGCACCCGGUGUUCUCCUUUAUACUAUUGAUACGAGCCUUAGUACAGGGUUAGGGCCUAUCCGUGUGCUAGAUGCUACACCUGGUUCUGAUAGUUGCGGCAGCGAGAUUUCUGGUUGGGAGCCUCUGAAUGACGCUACCCUUACUAUGAGUGGUGUGAAGUCAUACAAGGUACCUGGAUGGGGUAUCACGGUCACUCUGGUUGAUGAGAAAGAUAACGAGUUUGCAGUUGAAGUGGAAUACUCAAAGAAUCUUUAA